AUGGACAUUUUGUGAAACGGAGUGUAAGGAAGGUACCUGGUUUGCUGAAGUCGUUUGAGUGGGUCAUAUUUUAUUAAUUUCUUACUACUGGGUGAAUCGAUUGCAGUUGACUACUGGAUUCCGAUUAGAAAUUAGCAGUAGUACUGCAGCGAUUGGAAUUGUUUUUGUGAGAAGUGUGCGUGGAAUUUGCGAGAAGAAUGAGUAUGCUUGGUGGUACGGAUGUCAUUGUUGAAAUUAUUGGAAGUAAGUUUGGCAAACGCAAGUAUCAGAGAGGUAGGAGAGUGGAAGGAAAAUGGGUGUUUGGUGGGAUUGAAAGGGAAAGUAAUAAGUAUUUUUUCAAGGUUGUGCCAGAUAGAAGUAAAGAAUGCUUAUUAAGUUUCAUUAAGCAGUAUAUUUUACCUGGUACAAUAAUAAUAUCUGAUUGCUGGAAAUCAUAUGCCUGUUUGGAGGAUGAAGGUUUUCAGUAUCUUGCUAUUAACCAUAAGUAUCAUUUCAAAGAUCCUCAAACAGGCGCACAUAAGAAUACGAUUGAGGGCACAUGGGGUGCUAUUUUUAAGAAUUAUGACAAGCAGAAUUUUGCUUUUUAUUUAGCAGAGCAUGUAUGGCGGAAAAAUUCGCAGAAAAAAUCAUUCAGUGAUUUUGUUGAAUCCAUAAAAAAAGUUUAUCCGCCAUACACUCAAGAUUCUGAAGAAGAUUAGGUUUAUGAAUUGGAAUACAUUCACAAGGAACUGGAACACAUUCAAAGUUUUAAAAAUUUUUUCUACUCUAAUGACAAAACAAGUUCUGUAAAUAUGUUAGCAAUAUUAAGAGCACAAUAUAAUAUUCUUUCCAAAAGAAGACAACUGUAUAAUAUAUUUGCUGUUAUUUUAAAGAAUAAUAAGGAAUUUAAUUUUAAAGCAUUAUGGAUAAAAUCUGAAUUUAGCAGUAAAUACUUUCCUGCAAUAAAUGAAGGAGCUUUUUCUAGUCGCUAUCAUCCUGGAUCAAUUUUUGAAAGAGCUGAAGUAAAAAUUAGAGAAAUGUUAUCUUCUAAAAACCCCUCAACAAUUGAAGAAUGGGAGGAAACAAAAGGUGAUUUAAUGAUUGACAUAAAUAUUAUUACGGAAUCAAAUUUCAGUAGUAUUGUAAUGAACAGUAUCUUAUCACUGAAUAAAUUAGACAUGGCUGAUUCUUUUAUGAAAUAUUUGAAGGCGGUUAAAAUGACACCAAACUUUGUGACGUAUUUAAAAUAUAUGUCUGUUUGUAGCAGGCAUGUGGAACAUUGCCAAGAGGGUGUUAUAUAUAAAACAUUUCAGAUGGUUAAGCCAGUUAUUGAUGCCUUACCUGUGCUUGACCAAAAGUCUGCAGAGCAUCUUAUUGAUGGACUUUGUGCAACUGAACACUGGCGUCUGUCAUUUGACUAUCUGAAAAAACUACCUGAAAAGCCAACUUUGCAUAUUAAAAAUUCUUUAGCAUGUGGUGCUUUAAGAAAUAAUGACGAAGUAUUUGCAUGGGAAAUUUUAACUAAAUGGCUAAGAGCUGAAGAAUCUCCAAGUGAUAUAGUUUUUAAACAGUCUUUAUUAUAUGCUAUAAAACUACAGAAAAGUGACCCAAGGCUUGCAAAUCAAUUUAUUGUGAAAUUGCUUCGAUACAUUGAAGAAAAAGAAGUUAUCAUUAAGGAAGAAGUAACUAAACUCAUUGAAGUUUACUUUAAAUGUCAUUCAUCAAAAUGGAAAAUCUCUUAUACAAAAGUCAACAGGGAGACAGCAUGUGAAGCUUGUAAACGAUUCCUUAAACCAUCAGUACUUACAGAUGAAGAAUUCACACUUUUGAAAAAUUCAUUCCUAGAAAAAUCUCUUAAAAAAAGAGAUUUAUUCAUUAAUACAUCACACAAGGAAUUCAAUGCAUUUAUGAAUUUCAUUGAUCAUCAUAAACCAUUUCAUAUAGUUUUAGAUGGAUUAAAUGCUGCAUAUACAAACCCUGCCAGUAAGAAGCCUAAGUAUUUAGCAAUUCAGCUUUUGCACACUGUGAAGAUUCUAGCAGGUUGUUCUCGAAAAUUACUUGUCUUGGGAAGGAAUCAUAUGAAAAGAUGGCCUAAACCUAUAAUGCAAAAAAUUUGCCUGCGUGCUACUAUGUUUUUCAUAAAUGACACAUCUCAAGAUGAUCCUUUUACUGUUUAUGCAGCUUUGGCAAGUGGCCCUCAUACUUUAUUUGUUUCGCUUGAUCUUAUGCGAGAUCACGUGUCUCGGCUGGAAGAUGCAAAGUUGAUUCAUUUAUUCAAAAAAUGGCAACAAUCGCAUCAGUUAUUUAUGAAAGUUGAUGAAGAAAAUAACAUCAAAUUUACAGAACCACUUAGACAUAGUAUUAAUAUUCAAGGAGACAUGGAGCGAGGAUGGCAUAUUCCAUUUGAUGAUAAUGUAAUACUUGAUGCUUAUGAAGAAUUGAAUAACUGGCUUUGCAUUCAGAAAAUAGAAUAACAGCUGAAAGGCAUCAAGAAUUAAUUUCAAUAUGUAUAAUGUGUGUAUUUCAGUAUGUAUAAUGUUUUUAAGAACUUGUAUUUAAAAUUUAAAACAUUUUUCAUUGUACAAAGAAAAAAAAAUAAUUUUAAAACUUUUUUGGGGUCAUAAUUUAUAACAAAUUUAUCACAAAUUUGAUUUUUUAGUUAUGUUUUAAAUGAUGCAAAUAUUCAUGCUCCUGGUAUUUUUAAAUAUUAAAAUUGUAAAAAUUAUAACGUCUAUCCUUUUGUCCAGUACUUCAAAAAAAAUUGUAUUCGUUACAUUAAAAAAUGAACACAAGUAUGACGCGCAUGCAACAAAAAUUGACUGAAAUAUUUUGCAUUAAAAUUUGGAAUCAUAUUUAAAAGCCGUAGAUAAACUGAAGAGUGAAAUGUUUCCAUGUAUACAUAACUAAAAAUAAACUAUCAGUUUAGAAAAAGA